AUGGAGUGCUCUCCAAGAAGAUCAAGAUCUUUGACUUUUGAUGUGCCCAGUCUGUUGGGAUCGUCUUACCCGCCAGCUUUAAAUUUUGUUGAAACUGAAAAUUCAGCAAUUAAAAACUCAUUACUAUCACUUGGAGCAAAAUGUAUUCAGUCAGGUACAAAUUUACCUCCGCAUGCAUGCAGUAUGGAUGACAACACUGAGUAUAGCAAGAAAGAAGCGUCAAGCUCUGGGGAAAAUAAAAUUAACGUUGCUACUAGUUGCAGUAGAUCAAAAAAAGCAAUUUUAGACGGCAUGAUGGACGUGUUUGGUUCUGUUAAAUCUUUUGUACGUAAGUUACCAAAUGUAGUAUCUAAUUUAAAUGAAGAAUUUUCUGUUACGGUUGUAUCCAACGGUGAUAAUAUUCCGUCGAGAGAUUUGUAUGUUAGUGUACCUUUAAGUAGUAAAGAAACUAUUCAAAUUAAUACGGACAUGGACACGAGUAUGAAAAUUGAUGAAGAACUCUCGAGAAACUCCGAGACUUUUAAGCCCAGCAGAUUUUUAUCCGAGAUUUUUUGCAAGCCGAGGAGCAAUUUACCUCAUAGAAAAUUUCUCAGCGCUGAUAAUAUCCAUCGACAGACCUGGAGUGAGCAUACUAAGCAUGCUGAGGAAUUGUUUGUUGAUGUGGCGUUUGAGGCGGCCUGUGAGGAAAGUAUUGGGAACAGUUUAUUUUCCGGUAAUGCCACAAUUGGUAAUAAUAAUACAAAAAUACUGGGCACACAGUCUGAAAGAAUGGAAAUUGAUGGAGAGGAUUUUGAUUUACUUGAUUUAUCAUGUCCGAACAGUGUACCUGAAAGCAAGGAUGUUGAAAUGAUCCAAAAAGAAUCGUUGGAGAUAUCUAUAUCAAAAAUAGAAAAUAAAAAUUCUAUUGAAUGCAAAUUUAACUCUAGAACUCGGGAAAUUUCAGAAAGUUCUGAUGGAUCUGGAGAUAGUUUUAUUGUAUUUGAGAAAUCUCAGGACAGUGAGUAUUGUUCGACCAGCGGGGAUGAUGAUGAUGAUGAUGAUGAUGAUGAUAGUGAAGAUACCGAUGAAGAUACCGAUGAAGAUUCUUACAAUAAAUUUACCGUAGAAUUUAAUUCAAAAUCUGACUUCAGAUCUAGACGCUACUCUGAAAGUUCUGUUGACUCUGAUAGUUGUGUUGAUGACACAGAUUUUAUUAUGUUUAAAGAUGUUUCUCCGUCAAAAUGUCCUGUUGAAUAUUCAGCUCUUGAUGAUUCACCUGGUGAAAGAAGAGAAUCAAAAGUACGUUUUGAUCCAAAGCCGUUGAUUCACACGAUGAUUAAAUGGAACUAUGCAUAUCGAGCAGCUCGCAAAGGACCUUGGGAAGAGAUUGCGAGAGACCGCGAGCGUUUUAGGAAUAGAAUAAAUUUAAUAGGUCGUGUUAUUAAUCCUAUUUUAACUGCGGAACAUCGACAGAACAUUCGGCAGAUACGUUUUGAUUUUCAAGACUGA